CACUGAAAGCCUGCGAAGACUGCGAAGAAGGAAGCUAACAAACCCAACCCAAACAGGAUGCAUAAGCUGAAGGACAUGAGCAGCGAGGCCAAAUAUAAGCUGAAAGAAAGCACCAUAGCAACCCAGGAGACGAAGGAGAAGGCUACUGCUAGAAACAGGCAGGAGAAAAAGAUUGCGGAGGAGAGAGCUAAGGCUAAGAAGGCUCAGGCCAAGGCCGAGCUCCACCAGGAGAAGGCCAAUCACGGGGCUACGUCAGCUGCUCAUCAUGCCGGCCUACACCAUGUUCCUCUCACCGGCCACCAUCACCACCACCAUCACCCACAUGCUGGAACUGCUGCUCCUACAACUCAUGCGUAUACAGGCGGGGCCUAUCCAUAUGCUGGGAAUUACUGAUUGUUUGCGUAUAUAAGUCUGUACCGUUUAAUAUGAGUGUGCAAUGAAAUAAUUUGCAUGUAUACUUUGUAAGUGCUGAACUUACAUGUCAUGUAUGUGUAUAUGUGUAUUGUAUCAGAUUUCCAUGGAUUGUAGUUUUUUCUGGUUUAUCUUAUGCCGGUUUAUUUUGUGGA